AAAACAAAUGUAUCAAAAGUAACUCGCAUAUUUCUUUGAGAAGGCAAAGUUGUUGGUUGUGUUUGUUUCUGUAAUUUAUAUUUGCCAAAGACAACAUCAAUAUUUGCAAUUUUAAUUUGUUAAUAAAUUUUGAAAUAUUUUACCAAGUAAUAAUAUAUAACCAUGGACGGUUUUGAUGAAGCUGGUAUUUUUUUCUCCGAUAAUUUAUUGGGCGAUGGACAGCAGGGACAAGAUGGAAAUCAAAUUAAUAUGCAAGCUGUUAAAAAGAAAUACAAGGAAUUUCUUCGCACAUUUAAUGAAGAUAAUUUUUUUUAUAAAUAUCGAGAUACUUUGAAGAGAAACUAUCUUAACGGACGCUAUUUUUUGGAAGUGGAAAUGGAAGAUUUGGCCGGCUUUGAUGAAACAUUAGCGGACAAACUUAACAAGCAGCCAACUGAACAUCUGCAAAUAUUUGAAGAAGCUGCCAAAGAAGUGGCAGAUGAAAUAACUGCACCUAGACCCGAAGCGGAAGAAAAUAUGCACGAUAUUCAGAUAUUAUUGAUGUCUAAUGCUAAUCCCACAAAUGUGCGUGAUUUAAAAUCAGAUUGCGUUUCAAAGUUGGUGAAAAUUGCCGGUAUUAUAGUUUCUGCUUCGGGUAUAAAAGCCAAAGCUACUAAAAUGUCUAUCAUGUGCCGUUCUUGUCAUACUGUAAUUCCUAACCUUAAGGUGAAUCCUGGACUUGAGGGAUAUGCUUUGCCUAGAAAAUGUAAUACUGAUCAAGCGGGUCGUCCCAAGUGCCCGUUAGAUCCUUUCUUUAUUAUGCCUGACAAAUGCAAAUGUGUGGAUUUUCAAACUUUGAAACUACAAGAGUUGCCUGAUUAUGUACCUCAGGGUGAAAUCCCUAGACAUUUGCAGCUGUUUUGUGAUCGCUCAUUGUGUGAACGUGUGGUGCCUGGAAAUCGUGUUCUUAUACAAGGCAUCUAUUCGAUCCGCAAAGUCGGAAAGCCUUCGCGUCAAGACGGUCGUGAAAAAGCAGUCGUUGGCGUUAGAGCUCCUUAUAUGCGUGUUGUUGGAAUUACUGUUGACACAGAAGGCUCAGGUGCAAUAUCCCGAUAUAGUAAUAUCACUAAUGAGGAGGAGGAAACCUUCCGUCGAAUGGCUGCUUCGCCAGAUAUAUACGAUCGUUUAUCCAAAUCUCUAGCUCCAAGUAUUUUUGGCUCCGAGGAUAUAAAAAAGGCUAUAACAUGUAUGCUUUUUGGUGGUUCACGUAAACGUCUUCCUGAUGGACUUUGUCGCCGUGGUGAUAUAAACGUUUUAUUGUUGGGUGACCCUGGUACUGCCAAGUCUCAGUUGUUGAAAUUUGUGGAAAAAGUUGCUCCAAUAGGUGUUUAUACUUCGGGAAAGGGUUCGAGCGCUGCUGGCUUGACAGCUUCUGUUAUGAAGGAUCCUUCAACGCGCAAUUUUGUUAUGGAGGGUGGCGCUAUGGUAUUGGCAGAUGGAGGUGUGGUUUGUAUUGAUGAAUUUGAUAAAAUGCGUGAAGAUGAUCGUGUCGCAAUUCACGAAGCCAUGGAACAACAGACCAUAUCGAUUGCCAAAGCUGGCAUUACUACCACGUUGAACUCCCGAUGCUCUGUGUUGGCAGCAGCCAAUUCCAUUUUUGGUCGCUGGGAUGAUACUAAAGGGGAGGAAAAUAUUGACUUUAUGCCAACCAUUUUGUCUCGUUUCGACAUGAUUUUCAUUGUAAAAGACGUCCACGACGAAUCCCGGGAUAUAACAAUGGCAAAGCACAUUAUAAAUGUACAUCUAUCGUCCAAUAGAUCAGCUCCUGUUGAGCAGGCCGAGGGUGAAAUUUCAUUAGCUCUCUUUAAGAAGUACAUUCACUAUUGCCGUACUCACUGUGGACCACGGUUGAGUGAGGAUGCUGGUGAAAAACUAAAAAGUCGUUAUGUUCUCAUGCGCAGUGGUGCCGGGCAACAGGAAAAAGCUGCCGAUAAACGUCUAAGUAUUCCGAUAACUGUUCGUCAGUUAGAGGCCAUUAUUCGUAUUUCGGAAUCACUGGCCAAAAUGCGUCUGCUCCCGUUUGCUAAUGAUGAACAUGUUAAUGAGUCGUUACGACUUUUCCAAGUUUCUACAUUGGAUGCUGCUAUGACCGGUAGUCUGGCCGGAGCUGAAGGAUUUACCACAGAAGAAGAUCAAGAAACUUUAAAUCGUAUUGAAAAACAAUUAAAGAGAAGAUUUGCUAUAGGAUCCCAGGUAUCAGAACAGAAUGUUAUACAGGAUUUCUUGCGCCAAAAGUACGAGGAACGUACCAUUCUUAAAGUAAUACAUACCAUGAUACGACGUGGAGAGUUACAACAUCGCAUGCAACGUAAAAUGUUGUAUCGUUUAUGUUAAUUUUAUAAGUUUAUUGUUUUUUCAAAGUUAUUAUCAAAAAUACAUACAUAAAUACAUUCUUACAA